AUGGCUCGCGAACUCACCAAAGUCGUUUACAAACCAGAUCCUCAGAAAUCUGAAGAGUACAUUAUCAUCGUGAACCCAACAGAGUACAAGAAAUGGAGUGAAGGAGGUGUAUCGAUACCAUUAGCCGAAGUGGUAGACUCCUUCCAUGUUUUCUACAGCACGUCGGGUAACCAAGGUUUACUUGGUCAAGCAUCCAAGCAGCAGCUAGAGAACGAUUUUGGUUCUAGCAAAGACGUAGAUGUCGUGGAGAUCAUCCUGAAGAAAGGAAGAGAUCAGCCUGGAGACGCAAUUUCCAGUCAGACAUUCAUAACCAAUGCUGCACGCGGUAGUGGUGUCAUUGACAGCAAAGGGAAAGGGUUGUCGGGUAUAUGA